AAAAGUUGUUUGCGCGUUGCUUUUUUAUUAGGUUCGUUGAGAAGAUUCAUGCAUGGGGAAGGAAAUCAGCAGUUUUCCAAGUGAGAUGUGGACCUGUUCUAAUAUCCCAUCUCAUGACAACACCACCUUUAUCAGCUAUACAUUUCUUUUUAAGAAAAAAAAAAUAUAUAGACAUAUCAUAAGAAACUGAUUUUGAGGCCUCACCAUAACUAUAAUUCAGAAAAAGAUUAUGGUGUCUCCCUCUUCUUUUCGGUGUUGCUUUGUCCUCCUCUCCAUUGGCCACUAUGCAUUUAACAAAAAAUUAACACGCUCUGUUCAUGAACCAUUUAGAGUUUGAGGAAUUGCUGUUCUGUUCAAGAUUUUCUUCUGCUUUUUUGUGUGGAGGGUUAGGUAAUUUACCUAAUGAAGAAAGCAUUAUGUAUUUGAGUGACUUAGUUUUCUAGAAUUGGGUGAGACAGAACAGUAGCAGAGUGCCCAUUUCAUGAUGUCAAGCAAUAUCACCAUUUUUCUCUUGUUCUUCAACACCUUUCUGUUUCCAGCAGCCACCUCUGCUCUGAACCAAGAAGGUCUCUCUCUACUUUCAUGGAUUUCAACCUUCAAUUCUUCUUCUUCUCCCACUUUCUUUUCUUCAUGGAAUCCAACCCACAGAACUCCAUGCAGAUGGGCUUAUGUCAAAUGUUCCAGAACUGGUUUUGUUACAGAAAUCAAAAUCACCUCCAUUAAUUUGCCUACCACCUUCCCCAUUCAGCUUCUCUCCUUCAAGUUCCUUACUACUCUUGUUCUCUCUGAUGGGAACCUCACAGGACAAAUCCCACCUUCAAUUGGAAACUUGUCAUCACUGACCACCCUGGAUCUCAGCUACAAUGCUCUAGCGGGAAACAUUCCACCUGAAAUUGGGAAACUGUCCAAAUUGCAGUCUUUGUCGCUGAACUCAAAUUUCUUGCAGCGUGAAGUUCCUAGAGAAAUUGGAAACUGCUCGAAGCUUCGACAGCUCGAGCUUUUUGAUAACCACCUCUCUGGAAAAAUUCCAGUAGAGGUUGGAGAAUUGAGGAGUCUUGAAAUCUUUCGUGCCGGUGGGAACCCAUUGAUUCAUGGGGAAAUACCAAUGCAGAUAUCAAACUGCAAAGAGCUAGUCCUUUUAGGCUUGGCAGAUACUGGAAUUUCAGGACAGAUUCCUCACAGUUUGGGGGAAUUAAAGAACCUUAGGACACUUUCAGUCUACACAACAAAUCUCACUGGUAAGAUUCCUCCUGAACUUGGUAAUUGUUCGGCCAUGGAAAAUUUGUUUAUCUACGAAAACCAACUCUCGGGCGGAAUUCCUGCUGAACUGGGUCUGCUUAAAAACCUCAAACAGAUAUUACUAUGGCAGAACAAUCUAAGUGGAAGUAUUCCAGGAGCUCUUGGGAACUGCACAGAUUUGACAGUCAUUGAUUUUUCACUGAAUUCUCUCACUGGAGAGUUUCAUCCCUCUCUUGUAAAUCUUGGUGCAUUGGAAAUGCUUCUCUUGUCUGAAAACAACAUUUCUGGUAACAUACCACCAUUUAUUGGAAAUUUUUCCAAUCUGAAACAACUUGAGCUUGAUAACAACAGAUUCUCUGGGGAGAUUCCACAUGAAAUUGGGCAACUGAAAGAUCUUUCUCUGUUUUUUGCCUGGCAGAAUCAGCUUCAUGGAAGCAUACCCAAUGAGCUGGCCAAUUGUGAGAAGCUUCAGGCGUUAGAUCUUUCUCACAAUCUCCUCACAGGUUCCAUUUCGAAUGCUCUCCUCAAUCUCAAGAACUUAACGGAGUUGCUGCUGAUAUCAAAUGGAUUUUCCGGCGAAAUACCACCUGAGAUUGGCAGUUGCACUGGCCUGGUCCGUUUGCGGCUAAGAUCGAAUAAGUUCACAGGUUCAAUUCCAUCAGAAAUCGGGCUAUUGAGAAGCUUAAGCUUUCUCGAGUUGUCAGAAAAUCAAUUUACUGGAGUCAUCCCUCCAGAGAUUGGCAACUGCACUCAGCUGGAGAUGGUUGACUUGCACAAAAACAAACUCCAAGGCAUGAUUCCUACCUCCAUCGAAUUCCUCAUCAGAGUGAAUGUUUUAGACCUCUCCAUGAACAGAAUAUCCGGAACUAUUCCUGGGAAUUUGGGGAAACUUAAAUCUUUAAAUAAACUUGUGCUGAGUGGAAACUACAUCACGGGCUUGCUUCCUCCAUCACUAGGCUUCUGUGAGGAUUUGCAGUUGUUGGAUAUUGGCAGCAAUCGAAUCAUCGGCCCUAUCCCAGAUGAGAUUGGUUACCUGCAAGGAUUAGAUAUCUUAUUGAAUUUGAGUUGGAAUUCUCUGUCAGGACCAAUUCCUGUAAGCUUCUCAAAUAUUUCAAAGCUUGCCAACUUAGAUCUCUCACAUAACAUCUUAAUGGGAAGCUUAAUGGUACUGGGUAAUCUUGACAAUCUUGUUUCUCUGGAUGUCUCAUACAAUAAUUUCUCCGGUUUUAUUCCCAGUACCAAGUUCUUCCACGAUCUACCAGCCACUGCCUUUUCUGGUAACAAAGACCUUUGCGUAAACAAAAAUGAAUGCCACAUAACUGGAAGCCUCCAUGGAAGAAAAUUUACCAGAAAUAUUAUUACCUAUACUCUCAUUAUGACAGUAAUUGUAAUAAUUGCAACUGUUGGGAUUAUUUCAUUUAUCCAAGCUCGUGGAACUGGGAAGAAUUACGAUGAAGAAAGUGGGUUGGAGUGGGAUGUUAUCCCAUUUCAAAAGCUGAGCUUCUCCAUAAACGAUAUUGUGAUGAAGCUGUCAGAUGCAAAUAUUGUGGGUAUGGGCUGUUCAGGCAUGGUUUAUCGCAUUGAAACACCAACAAAACAAGUUAUUGCAGUGAAGAAGCUAUGGCCAACAAAGAAUGGUGACUUUCCAGAGAGAGACUUGUUUUCUGCUGAGGUUCAGACACUAGGAUCAAUAAGGCAUAAAAAUAUAGUAAGGUUUCUGGCUGGAUGUAGCAAUGGAAAAACCAGAUUACUUCUGUUUGAUUACAUCAGUAAUGGGAGUUUGACUGGAUUGCUUCAUAAGAAGAAGCUGUUCUUAGACUGGGAUGCAAGGUAUAAAAUCAUACUGGGCACGGCUCAAGGUCUAGCCUAUCUUCAUCAUGAUUGUACUCCACCCAUAAUUCAUCGUGACAUUAAGGCCAACAACAUCUUGGUUGGACCACAAUUUGAAGCUUAUCUCGCAGAUUUUGGACUGGCCAAAUUUGUUGAAGCUCCAGAUUCUUCAAGAGAUACCAACACAGUUGCAGGUUCUUAUGGGUAUAUUGCUCCUGAAUAUGGAUACAGUUUAAGGAUCACUGAGAAGAGCGAUGUGUACAGCUAUGGUGUUGUGCUGCUCGAGGUCUUAACUGGGAUGGAACCAACUGACCGCCGGAUCCCAGAAGGUGCCCACAUUGUCAGCUGGGUUAACCAGGCAGUACAGAAAACACGAGGAGACUUCACAUCUAUUCUUGAUCAGCAGCUACUGUUUCAAUCGGGUACUCAAAUUCGAGAGAUGCUUCAAGUGGUGCUUGGGGUGGCUCUGCUAUGUGUGAACCCUUGCCCAGCCGAACGGCCUACUAUGAAAGAUGUCACAGCAAUGCUCCAAGCGAUCAGGCGUGAAAAUGAAGACUUUGAGAAGCCAAACAUUCUUUGCAAGGGAGUUGUGGCCAACCAAAAUGCUGCAGUUCACUCUUCUAGCUUUUCUAAAUCAUCUGAACCUCUAACUAGAUCUCCUUCCUUGCUGCCAUAGUUCUUCCAAAAUCUGUGUAUGACUUAACUUAUUAUUUUUCAAGUAACCAAAUAAUUUGUAUAGAUUGAAUUUAAGUAGCAUGAACAGCAUAUCAUGCUUGAUACUAAUACUAUGUUAGUAAGUAUUUUCCA